AUGUUGUCACGCCCAAGAUGCGACCACUCGCCGCCCGCCACCUGUCGCCUCCGCCGCCUCCCUCCACCGCGGCCCGCGGGGCCCGAAGCAGGCCCGCGCGAGCCCGCGCGAGCCGCCACCGCCCGCGCCCGGUGCGCCUUCGCCCGCCGCCUCCAGCGCCGCCGCCUCGGAUCCCCGCCGCCGGCGACCGACCCCGCCGCCAUGUGCCGCCCCAGCGCCGGCCACCGCCUCCGCCACUCGCCGCCGUCGCCUUGUCGCCUUCCGUCGCGGGCCCCGCCGCGGGCCUCGCCGGAGACCGCGCCCCGGCCAGUCCCCUCCUUCCCCGGCGGCCUCCCGAGCUCCGGCCGCCCUUCUGCUCCGGCGAGCCGCAGCCCCGCCUCGAUCCCUCGAGCCGGCCCCGAUCUGGAUCGAGUCAACGCAUAA